GCGCGUGACGAACGGACCUCGUAGUAGACCCAGUCGACCUGCCUACCGAUGGACCUGUUCAACUGCGUCCCCCCGAGCUGCUGCUGCUGCUGCCGCCGCCCUUCGGUGGAGAUUGAACUGGGGGGCGUCGUGGGCGUAGGCGUGUGUCAGUGAAGGGCCCUGGGGCCUGAAAUGUUGUUGUUGUUCUCCUUCAGCAGCAGGACCGAAGAGAGGUGGUGGUUUCGUGAAUGAUGUGAUGGCGGUGGGAGGUGGUUGUUUGUGAGAUCUGUAGAAAAUGACGUGAGGGAAAAAAAAAAUAAAUAAAUAGAAAAUUCCCUCGUCCCUCGCCACGUAUCCAGACGGAAUCAUUCAUAAUGAUAAAUAAUAAAGAUGGAUUCGUGCAAAUUGCUGAUCUGAAAUGUGAAUAGAAAUGUAGAAAAAGAGUUAAAAAUUAAUGAAAACUAUUACACUGAUUUUGGCCAAAUUGAGGUUAGAAAUUAAUUAGGUCACUACACACUCGUUUGCUCUUAUUUUUUUUUAUAUUUUUUUAUAUUUGGACAUAACAGAAACUAUUUUCAAGAGAGACUUCGAUAGGCAGCCUCUGUUUCUAAACGAACGUUUUUCCAGAGUGAUGGUGUACGACCCGUGGGUGGUGGUGGCUGGAAGCGGAGAUGGGCGUGCGGCGGCGGUGGGCGGCGGCGAGUGGGCGGUGCCGCCGCUAGCCUAGCCCGCUCGCUCGCGCGCGCGCCGUCCCCGAUGCGCCGGAGCAAGAGCUACUGUAUGAACGCAGAAGCCAGCCGCCAGCACCACCCACCCCCGCCUCCCUACGGGGGUGUCGUCGUCCACCCACCCAUCAUCCACCCGCCCACCCUCUGCGGCCCCGAUUGUCCCGGAGGAGGAGGAGGAGGCCCUCAGGAGCAGCCCGCAACCGCCGCAGCAGCCUCCGUCGUCGUCACGGGAUCCCAUCACAGCGUAGACCUCUGCAGCGCUACGCCCACGCGACCGGCCUAUGGGCGUGGCGUGCCCCAGUGGAGCGACGGUCGUGGGCGUGGGGGAGUAGGAGGAGGAGGAGGAGGAGGAGGAGGUGGUUCCACCCACAGCGUGGGUGGAAGUUCUUGCGGGGGCGUUGUGGAGGGGGGAUUGGGACCCUUGGAGCCCCUCCUGCCGCCCCUUCCGCCGGAGUUGGAGGAACACCUGCGCACCUGCCGCUGCACCUGUAAUCAUAUGGGAUACGGCAACUACCAGCUUCCCACGACUGCACACUCAACGCACACUCUACCCUUACCCAACGGCCCAGCAAACCGACGAAACACCGACGGGGUAGUCUUCGCCGGCGCCCCGAGAAUCUCUACCGAAUCCUCCCGAGGGUCGCGAAGCCUCGGAGGGAGCCUCAAGAGAGUCUGCAGCCGAGCGGGCAGUGCCUCGGGCUCGGCGACCAUCAUCGCAGCCGCCGGGGGAGGCAGCAGCGGUGACAUCCCCUGCAGGAGGAGCGGCGAAGGGAGCCUAGGGAGCGGAGGAUCCCUCACCAGGGACCGAGACGGGAGAGGCAUCAGCAGCAGCAGCUUCCGGGAAACGGCCGUCUCGACGCCCGCGACUCCUGCCAGCUACCGGCGGGCCACUGCCAACCACAGGGCGGCUUCCGUGGCCACUGGAUCCGGGCCUCCGCCGCGGUACCAGAUCUCCGAAUACACAUUCGAGCGGGACCAACCAGACUCUCCUUUCUCGGACGAGAAGGACAGCAGCGAAGAGAAGAAGAAAGGAUUCGAGGCCUACACUUGGCGUCACUGGUGCGUGCUGGCGGCCUUACUCCUACUGAGCGGCGGGGUGGUGCUGGCUGUGGCCGUGCCCCUGGCCUCCAGGGGCGGCGCCCUGGCCCAGUCACAGGACACCCUCGCCAGAGUCCAUCACAUCCUCUCCACUGUUCCUCUCAUCGACGGGCAUAAUGACUUGGCGUGGAACAUACGGAACUUCGUCCACAACAAGCUGGAAAAAGUGGACAUGUCUCAGAACCUCUCCAACGUGGAGCCCUGGGGGAGCUCUCAGUGGUCCCACACGGACCUGGCUAGGCUGAGACAUGGCAGGGUUGGAGCCCAGUUCUGGGCAGCAUACGUACCUUGCGGAGCUCAAUACCUCAACGCUGCGCAUGUCACGUUGGAACAGAUCGACGUCAUCAAACGUAUGAUUGCCAGAUACCCCAAGCAUCUUGGUUAUGCUCAAUCACAUGCAAGCUUGAUGGAGGUGUUCAACUCCGGAAGGAUAGCCAGCCUUUUGGGCGUGGAAGGUGGGCACCUGAUGGGCGCCAGUCUGUCAGUUCUCAGGAUGUACUAUGACCUGGGCAUCCGUUACCUCACCCUUACCCACACCUGCAACACACCCUGGGCAGACUCCUCGCUGGCUGACUCGCCCGGCCAUCAGGCGGAAAACUUCGGUCUCAAUGACUUUGGUGCUAAAGUUGUCCUGGAGAUGAACCGCCUGGGGAUGCUGGUGGACCUGUCCCACGUGUCCCAGCAGACGAUGCGAGAUGCCCUGGCUGUGUCGAGGGCGCCCGUCAUCUUCUCACACUCUUCCGCCCACGCCCUCUGUCACCACUCGCGCAACGUGCCCGACGAUGUCCUCAAACAAGUGCACUUAAAUGGUGGGAUAGUGAUGGUCAGCUUCUAUAACUACUUUCUAACUUGCAAUGAAUCCGCCACCGUCCACGAUGUCGUUCGUCAUAUCAACCAUAUCAGGGAGGUGGCGGGUCUUGAUCACGUCGGGGUUGGGGCCGAUUUCGACGGAAUCAACAAGUAA